AUUAAUAAUCGCACUUCGCAUUUGACGACAAAAUUCAAAGGGUAGGUUAGUGAGAAUGUUAGCCUCCCUUGUCUGAAAACGAGUGAACUUCCUUUUCCGGUAGCCUUAUCUAGCUAGUGAGGAAUCAUAGGAAGACCAUAACGAUGGCUGUGAGACCUCUUACAAAACCUGCAAUUGUGAAAAAAAGAACAAAGAAGUUUAUCCGACAUCAGUCGGAUAGGUAUGAUCGAGUUAAGUCAAACUGGCGGAAGCCAAAGGGUAUUGACAACAGAGUCAGGCGACGUUUCAAAGGCCAGUACUUGAUGCCAAACAUCGGUUAUGGAAGUGAUAAAAAGUCGCGUCAUGUCUGCCCUGAUGGGUUCAAAAAGUUCCUAGUCCGAAAUGUGAAGGAGCUUGAAAUUCUUCUUAUGCAGAACCGUCGCUUUUCAGCGGAAAUUGCCCAUUGUGUAUCCAGUCGUAAACGCAAGGCCAUUGUUGAGCGUGCACAGCAGUUGUCCAUCAAAAUCACGAAUCCUAAUGCUCGCCUUCGCUCUGAGGAAGAUGAAUAGACAUUUGAUAAGGCACAAUAAAAUUGGAGGAAAAUACA